AUGUCGGUCCUCGACGCCCUCAAGGGUGUCCUCAAGAUCGCCCUCAUCCACGACGGCCUGGCCCGCGGCCUGCGUGAGGCCAGCAAAGCCCUCGACCGCCGCCAGGCCCACAUGUGCGUGCUGAACGAGGCCUGCGAGGAGGAGGCGUACAAGAAGUUGGUGGUGGCGUUGUGCGGCGAGCACAACAUCCCCCUCAUCAAGGUGCCGGAUGGAAAGCAGUUGGGCGAGUGGGCUGGCUUGUGCCAAAUCGACCGCGAAGGCAAUGCGAGAAAGGUCGUCAACUGCUCCUGCGUCGUCGUCAAGGAUUGGGGUGAGGAGUCCCAGGAGCGCUCCAUCCUGCUCAACUACUUCCAGACUGGAGGCGAGUAG